AUGGAACCCAAGAGGAUGUGCCUUUUCAUCUCCAUAGCUGUUGUACUUAUUGUGCUCAGCACAAAUACUCAAACAGCUGAUUGUUCAGAGAUCAAAAAAGGAAGCUCUUGGUGCAAUGGAACCAUCACAGACUGCAUUGAAGAAGACGACCAAGAGUUCCUAAUGGAGUCUGAAGUGAGCAGAAGGAUUCUUCAAACCACCAACAAACUCAGUGUCAAAUCUCUCAACCCUGGAUCAGCUGUAUGUGAUACAGAUCGGUAUGGCAAUUGCAUAGUUCAGAUCAGCCAAUACAGUAGACCAUGUACGUACGACAAUCGAUGUAAACGUGGUCCCCAGCCAUGA